AUGUCUCGAGUCGUAACUGACGGAGACCUAAGUCCGCAACGCCACUUUCCGCGAAACCGCGGUCCUGCUUACGUGGCCGCUCCUCGCGGAAUCCAAUACCCGGAGGAUUUGAUUUCCCCGACUAACGCUGGAGUCGCUCCCAGUCGAGCGGGCGACCAUGUGCGACGGCCAGCUGGUCGCACGCCGAUUCGCACGGUGCAAGAAGGCCAUCAGCUUACAGAAGGCGACGACUUCGCAGACAACCGAGGCGGCGGCCAGAGAAGAAUAACGAUCCCCUCCGGCGGGGGAGGCGGCGGAUAUCACGGAAACACAUCUCCGCUGCGCAAUGCCAUUCAUGGGCGGUCGGAGAGCCACUCGGGGGAGUCGGGGGAGCGGGGAGGCCGCGCGGAGCACGCGGGGGACCUUCAGCCGCGGCGGGCGGCGAGCUCCAACGAGGCGGGGUACGGCCGGCCGGCCGCGCUUCGCCUGGACGCCGACAUGAUUAAGGCCGGCAGGAAGGACUCGCUGAGCCCCCGCCGCAUGGUAAAGGUCGCCACGCCCUCCGCGCAGCCUAGCAGCGCCGCUGCCCGCGCAGGGGGACCAGGCGGGGGGCCCGGGGGCGGAGGCAUCGGGGGAAGCUUCCAGGCGUCGCGGGGGGAGGCGGAGCACAUGCGGCGGGUGGCGGAGCUGAUGGAGGCGGUGCGGGAGAACGACGUUGACCUGGUCAACGUGGUCCUGCAGGAGGCGCCGUCCCGCACUGCCUUACUCAACACCGUCUAUCCAGCCUCGCAGCGCACGGCUCUCCACGAGGCGGUGGUGGCGUCCAGCACGGAGGCGGCGGGGGCUCUCCUAGAGUGGGGCGCUGACCCUGACGGGGGGCAGUCCGCGCAGAUGCCGCCCAUAAUGUACGCGGUGCAGACGGGCAAUGACAAGAUGGUCACGCUGCUGCUGUCGCACGGGGCGGACAUCAACGCGCAGGACGCCAAGCAGUACACCGCGCUUCACUACGCCUGCGCUGCUGGCCACAGGGGCAUAAUCAAGCUGCUGCUGGUAGCAGGCGCCAACAUGUAUGCGCGCAACAGGGACGGCCUCUACCCGCAGCAACUCGCUUCGACCGACCGCAUCCGCACGCUCUUCCGCAAGUUGCACGACAGCCUCUCCGAUGCCGAGGCUGGCAGCUUUGGCACCCGCCGGCACACUGCAGGCGCGGCCAUCACAUCAGACCGGUCGCGUCUGGCUGCCCAGCCCCGCCCGCGCAACUUUGCUGAUUUCCGUGCAGAGCGCCUCGUAGGGCAGGCAGCAGCAGGCGGAGGGGGAGGGGCGGGCGGAGCAGGGGGAGCUGGGGGAGGCGGACCUGGGGGCGGCGGACCUGGGACGCCAGGGAGAGGGGGCAUGCGGGGAAGGUCCCCCUAUGACAGUGUGGAUUCGGCUAGCAUGGGGAGGCUUGACCUGGGGGGGGGUGGGGGAAGCAGGCGGGGGUCUUUGGACGGGAAAUCGUCUGGGGGAGGGGCGAGAGGCGUGGUCGAUGUGUUUGGGAACCCGUAUGGGGGGAGAGGGGGGCGCGCAGGGGAUGUGGCGGGUGCUGGCGGGAGGGCGAGUUCGGAUGAUGAGAGGGAGGAGGGCGGGGGGGAGGGGGAGAAGAAGGAGAAGGAGGGGGAGAGUGGAGGGGAGGAGAGGAAGGGCGGCGGUGGGAAGGAGGAGGAGAAGAAGGCAGGGGGGCAGGUGCCUGUGUCGCCUAGUAACAGACGUGCAGCAGCAGGCGCAGCAACAGGCAGUGCCAGUGCUAAUGCUAAUGCUGAGAAGGCGUCACCGGCAGCAGCAGCAGCGGGGGGGAAGGAGCUGAUGGAUGGGGAGGCGAUGGCUCCCCUGGGCACGAUGAAGUGGAAACGGGGCGAGCUGCUGGGCGAAGGGGCUUAUGGCAAGGUCUUCCUGGGUCUGAAUGAAAUGACUGGAGAAUUAAUGGCGGUGAAGCAGAUCAAGAUGACGUCAGCGGGCGACGAGAAGGCGAUGCACAUAGCGGCGUUGGAGCAGGAGAUAGUGCUGUACCGGCAGAUGCGGCACCGACACAUCGUGGCGUAUAUUGACAUGGAGAAGGAUGAAAGCGACGGGUCGCUCUACAUCUUCCUCGAGUUCAUCUCGGGAGGGUCUAUUCACAGCAUGUUGGACAAGUUUGGCAAGUUCAGUGAAUCCCUCGUGCGGGUGUACACUCGCCAGCUGCUGCUGGGGUUGGAGUAUCUGCACGGCUGCAAGAUCAUCCAUCGGGACAUCAAGGGCGGCAACGUGCUGGUCGACCGCGACGGGGUUAUCAAGCUCGCUGACUUUGGGGCUUCCAAGGCAUUCCACGAGGGCACGGUGGGCGAGGGGUGCAAGUCGAUCCGAGGGUCUGUGUUCUGGAUGGCGCCAGAGGUCAUCAAGGGGGAGGGGUACGGCCGCCGUGCUGACAUCUGGAGCCUUGGGUGCACCGUUAUUGAGAUGCUCACUGGCAGCCACCCAUGGCCCAACAUGGACAACACAUGGUCCGCCAUAUUCCACAUCGCCAAGACCACCACAGGCCCGCCCAUCCCAGAGGAGUGCAGCGACGAGGGCAAGGACUUCCUGGCCGCCUGCUUCAAGCUCGACCCUGGGGAGCGCCCCUCCGCUACUGAGUGCAGCGACGAGGGCAAGGACUUCCUCGCUGCCUGCUUCAAGCUUGACCCUGGGGAGCGCCCCUCCGCUACUGAGUGCAGCGACGAGGGCAAGGACUUCCUCGCUGCCUGCUUCAAGCUUGACCCUGGGGAGCGCCCCUCCGCUACUGAGUGCAGCGACGAGGGCAAGGACUUCCUCGCUGCCUGCUUCAAGCUUGACCCGGGGGAGCGCCCCUCCGCUACUGAGGAAGUGCAGCGACGAGGGCAAGGACUUCCUCGCUGCCUGCUUCAAGCUUGA